AUGUUCCAUUGUAGAUCAUGUACGACUAUUCUGGUCGUUGUGGUUGCUGUGAUGGCUUUGGGUCUUCACCAAUCAGUGCCAAAGAUGGGCUGGCUAGACCGACUUGUGCAAUAUCAUAAGGAAAGGUUCAUCAACAAACUAAGACGAACGAAACCUUUUACUGGUACAAACAGCGUUCCUCCGAAUUUUAACGCUACCCUCAUAACUAAACCGGAGGGAUUCGUAGACUCAAAUAAAUGGAAUUUUGAGUCAGUAGCGAGACUUAUGUUUCUGUUGAAGUCUAGUGAAGCGGCCAAACCUACCCACAGAGCUUUGAGACGCAUGCUACAACCCACGCGACGGAUUAUGAUGUCAAUAAAGGAAAGUGUGCAACGAUUCCCUGGAUUGCAGUCAGGCAACAAUAUUUACUAUGAUAUUGAGUAUUCGGGUGAAGAUGAGGCUGACCCCAAACCACAGCCGCUCCCAGAAGAUCAAAUGGUAGUGGUGAUCACCAACCCCGUCGAGGCUCGUUUACCAAGCUCCCGCAUCACUGUGCAACUUCUGAGAGAAAUUUUGGAAGCUCGAGCUCGUGCUGCAAGGCAGAUGCCACCAACGACACCGUACAUCAUUCCGUGGAAACCUAUGAAUAAAACUAAGCCGAUAAGAGCUACCACUGAAACCGGCAACAGAAUCGUUCCUGAUGACACCAAAACAGCUAAUAUGACUACGACAGAAGCUUCGAGUACGAUUACAACUGCAGCCACGACUACAACCACGACCACGACUCCGGCCCCUGAGCCUAAGUUGUAA